CAGCGAUUGAAGGGCGACAGAAUUGAACCAACUUGAGAGAAGAGCUGAAGGCGAGACAACUGUACAACUCAACUACUUAACUUAACGUCAACACAAACUGUCAUAUCAUUAGCCAGUUAAACAACAGUUAACUUUAUUGCCACAUUUUUUCAUACAUCAACAUGUGCCAUGGAGAACUGCUUAGGCGGCAGCAAACGUACAAUUCGAGCACAAAGGGACUUACAACAAUUAAAGCAGCAAUGCCAGCAACAGCCACCGAACCAGAAUUUCUAUACGCAGCAACAGCCGCAGGUCCAUCGGCAAGCGCAAACAAUCAAGCAGCAGCAACAACAUCUACAACAGCAACUCUUACAGCAGCAGCAACAACAACAGCAACAGCAGCAGCAAAGGUUUUUACAAGAAGAGCAACAACUGCAAAAAGCUGCAACACAACUACACCUCCAGCAGCAGCAGCAGCAGCACCAACAACAACAACAGCUUAUACAUCCGCUUCAGCAAUUAACGCUACAACAUCAUCAACAUCAACAGCAGCAAGAACAGCAACAACAACAGCAGCAGCGCGAUAUUGCUUAUCAAUUGGCCGCGGAGUCGGAGCACAAUCGUUCUGCGUCCAUGUCGACAACACCUAAAUUUGUCGCCAAUUGUUUGCAUUUUCCACCGCCGCCAGAUUAUCCACCACCACCGCCGAAAACGCCAACGGCUGCGACCGCCACCACUGUGACCACAGCUGCCACUAAAACAAUGUCCACGGCAAAUGUGAAGUCAGCAACGACAGCGACUGUGACAACAACAGCAACAACGCCGCUUGCAAGCAAAGGGAAUGCCGGUGCUCAUCACCACCAACACCAUCAACAUUAUCAUCAACAGCAGCAACAACAACAACUACAACAACAACAGCUACAGCAACAUCACCAAUUGCCAGCACAUCACUUUACACAACAGCAACAUCAACAACACCAACUCACUGACAAUGUUCUGACACACUUGGAGCCACUGGCGUCACCUGCUGUGUCCGCUGCCGCACACAACGCUACGCUUGCGGUGAGUGCCACUCUGACCCCACAAGUGAACAAUGCCACAACUAACCACCAUUCGUCCGCGUCGAGCUCGCCAUCAUCGUCCUCGGCGACAAGUGGCACCACCAUAGGUGUCAGCCCGUAUGGACGGCGGCAAGUGUUGCCGCGCUAUCCCGAUCCCGACCCCGAUGCCAUUGAGGUUUGCAACGAGCAAGAGCCCAUAAACAUUUCGAAAGUGUCAACGCGUCACAAUAGCAAAACACUCGGCCGUGCACACGAACUACUCAACUCAGACGGGAAAUGGUCUGCGGUACAACAGACCACAAGCUUACAGCUGUUGCAUCAACAUGCGCACUCCACACACCCACACGCACAGCACGAUUACUCAUACGCAUACUAUGAGCCAGGCGCCGCGAUGCGUCAUUCGAAUAUACCACCGCCAGAAAUGGUACCUGGCAGCGCACACACACUCCAUCACGCACCACCGCCGCCAAACUCAAUACGUGCCCUACUCUCCAAGGGCAAGAAGAACAAAUUGUUGGCAUCGCCGGCCGCGCGGCAUGCCUAUCAGGCGCAUUACGGGCAUGAUGGCGCCAUUGCAUGUGAUAGCGCCACGUUUCGCGGUAUUGCGGGUGCGACUAGUGAGAAUUUCUACGAGGAGAUAUCCUCCAAUGAAGCUGCACUCCAAUACCACCACAAUAGCCACCAUCAUCAUCUAAGGCCAUCGGCUACUUCACAUUCGGCCGGUUCACUGAAUCAAUCAUUGGUUGAAGAGGAAUUGCGACGCGUACAAAAUCGCCAUCAUAAAAUACUUGGCGAGCUAAAUCUGUCCGUCGAGGCCAUGCUGAUGCCUGAGAGUCCGCCCAAUAAUAGUCCGACCAGUUGUGAGGCGCCCACCGUUAGCGUUACCACCGCCUCAGGCCAACCAAAUAUAGGCGCGGUGGGUGCCGGUGGCGCGGCCAGCUUACGACUCUCUUCAACGUCAGCUGAUAAUAUCUGUGAUGCAAAUCUUUCCGAGCUGCUAAGCACAGUGGGGCCCACUGAUGAGCUACUCUCACCUGUACAGUCGUCGACAAAUGCCGCCUUCUGUGCUGCCGACUUAGAUAGCGGCUUCAGUGGCAGCAGCGGCGCCAGCUACAUUGGCAGUCUACGUAUACACAAAACGAAUGCAGCGCUAUCACAUAUAAUGAGUACACGACAAACGCAUGCAAAUAAUGCAGUGCAGUCAUCCGCAUCCUGCAAUUUCUCUUACGGCACACAAAGUUGCCGCUCUUUUCAACGCUCUUCCUCCACCAAGCAACCGCACCAAUUGACGAUUGACGAUGAUUUAAAUUCGGGAUUUUUGACACGCGCCUCUUGCGGCCGCCGCAUACUUAAUUGUGCCAAGAUUCGAGCCGCUGAGGAUCCAGGACCGGUGGUGCCGACCGAGUCGAAAGCGCGGAGCUUCUGGAAUCGCAAGGGCUGGCGUAAAUUGCCCGGAUUCUCGACGUCUACAUCCAGCAUUAACGACACUGGCAUAACAGGUGAGCCAAUUUCCAUGAAAAAUGUGAAAGGAGACACAACAGACACGAAGACGAGAACGAAAACGAAAACGAAAAAUACGAGUACAAAGGCGAUUCCAUUAAUCUGCUUAAAACGCUGACCUUAAUUGGUGAAGUGUCAUUUGUCAGUGCAACAUUGUUGCUGAUGUGGUGCCUCUUGAUUGUGUGCUGGUGUGGUGUGGAAUGGAAGAAUGCAUUGGAAUGGACUAGAGAGAAGUGGUAUGGAGUGGCGAUGAAUGGAAAAAAAAUGCCAUGGGUGUCAAAGAGUGGCUUGGAUUGGCUUGCGGUGGCGUGUGGUGGUAUGUGCUUGUUGUUAAUUUUCUUGUUGUUGUGCUGUAUUGCAUUAGCGCAUCCGAUGUCGGCACUGCGACAAGGUGAAACAAUUGAUGGCUCUGCCAUCAAAGAUUUGUCUCGAUUCUAUAAAUCAUAUGCGCGCGGACCUCCUCACCGUGGCGUUGAGCUGAACUGAGCAGAGUUGAGUUGAAUGGUAACCAACUAGCCAACCAACCAGCCAGCCAGCCAACAGCACUUAAUAUCCGCUGAACACCGACCAACAGACUUGCGGGCUUAGCGACCACAUGAUUCUAUAUCUCAUACGUGUAUACACUCACAAGCACACCUAUUAUAGAUACAUAUGUACUACUCACUAUACAUAUAUACAUAUGUACGUAUGUGUAAAUAGAAUGUAUAAUGGUCUGAUCGUUCUGUUGAACAGUUUGUCGCUGUUUGCUCUACUGUCUGACUUGUGGUGGUAAUUUAUAAGGCUUAAGGGAUAUGCAGCGCUACUUUUCACUGUCCCAUGCAAGCCGGCCAACAAACAUGCACAUACACUUGUGAAAGUGUGCCCAAACACACAAACCAUAUACGAGUUCAUUUAGCCAUGUACAUAUGUUUUUGUCUCCAUUGUAUCACACAAUCAAACGUUGCGAUCUUCCUCACUUCGCUAAUCACACAAAUGUGUUUUUGAUUUAUCACGUUGGGCUUUUCGAAUGAGUGAAUCCAGACCGAAGAGAACAGAACUCAGAACUGUACUGAACUGUGCGGCACAGGGCAGUGAGGCCUCUAUUAUUUGCAAUUAUAUUGUACGUACGUAUAUGUAUGUGUCUGUAUAUGCGUGUUAAUUAUUACAAAGACUGCACUAAAGAUUUGAAAUGAAACACAAAAAAGAAAAAAAACAAAAAAGAAAAAGGAAAAAGGAAAACAAAGACAACAAACAAAACUUUAAAUGAAAAGUGUUUUAAAUUUGAAAUUUCCAAAAUGGCAUUUAAAAAUUGUACUCGUAGCACUGUAAAUAUGAGAUUUUACUAACACCUAAACUAAGAAUCGAACUUAAAGAUAUGAUUGAAUAUACAUAAAUACAUAUAAAUGGUACUAAAAUGAAUAAAACUUAAGUAUGUCUGUAAGUAAAAACCCGUUAAAUAAAUUAUAAAAAUCAAAAUUAA